AUGGCUUUCUUGUUUGCUCUUUUAAUUUGCUUUGAUAAUCAUUGAAUCCCAUCUCUUCUGCAUUUCCUUAACAAAGGAUCAAUCACCUGCAGCUGACUACAUGGCCACAACACAGAGACAAAUAAACAGCUCAACUGCAUUUGAUGACACUGAAUAUGAAGAUUGGGAAAGCAAUAUUCAUAUACCAAAUUCCAUCUUAACUUAUGGGAGUGAAAUGGAGGAAGCUGAAUGGCAGAUGGUGCAAAAGAAAGGAAACCAAUUUGUAGUGAAUGACCAACCUUUCUAUGUAAAUGGAUUCAACACUUAUUGGUUGAUGGUAUUUGCUGCGGACGAGUCGACAAGAGGAAGGGUCACUCAGGUGUUCAAACAUGCAUCCUCAGUUGGCAUGACAGUUUGUAGGACUUGGGCGUUUAAUGAUGGCCAAUGGAGAGCCCUUCAGAAAUCUCCAUCACUUUAUGAUGAAGUAGUAUUCAAAGCCCUGGAUUUUGUGGUGAGUGAAGCAAAGAAAUACAGAAUCAGACUCAUAUUAUCAUUGGUUAACAAUUGGGAGGCAUAUGGUGGAAAAGCACAAUAUGUCAAGUGGGGUAAUGCUGCUGGCCUUAACUUGACCUCUGAUGAUGACUUUUUCUCACAUCCAACUCUCAGAGGCUACUACAAGGACCAUGUCAAGACUGUGCUCAAUAGAGUUAACACACUCACAAAUAUUACUUAUAAGGAAGAUCCAACAAUUUUUGCUUGGGAGCUAAUGAAUGAGCCUCGAUGCACCUCUGACUCCUUGGGUGAUACGUUACAGGAAUGGAUAAAAGAGAUGGCAUUCUAUGUUAAGAGCAUUGAUCCGAAACACCUACUGGAGAUUGGCCUAGAAGGAUUUUAUGGCCCCUCAACACCUCAGAGAUUUCAGUUCAACCCAAAUUCAUAUGCUCAACAGGUUGGAACUGAUUUUAUCAGAAACCACCAGGUUCUAGGUGUCGACUUUGCUUCUGCUCAUAUAUAUCCAGACUCUUGGAUUUCACAAUCAGUUGCUGAUAGCCAUAUCCCAUUUGUGAAGUCUUGGAUGGAAGCCCACAUAGAUGAUGCUGAAAAGUAUCUUGGAAUGCCGGUUGUUUUUGGUGAGUUUGGUGUAUCUGCAAAAGAUCCUGGUUAUAAUUCAACAUAUAGAGAUACACUUAUAAAUACUGUGUACAAGACAAUUCUAAACUCUACAAAGAAAGGAGGUAGUGGGGCUGGAAGCCUUUUGUGGCAGUUCUUUCCUGAUGGAACAGAUUACAUGGAUGAUGGUUAUGCAAUUGUUCUCUCAAAAGCUCCUUCUACUUCAAGCAUGAUAUCCCUUCAAUCCACAAGGCUUGCUCUAUUCAACUCCCUCUGCUCUGAGAGAUGCCACUGGGGUUGUAAGAAGAAAAAGGUGUUGCAAAAUGUACUCUAUGAGGAUGAGGAGUAGUUAAGUUGGAAUAAAUAAAGGUAUAAUAUUGAAAAAGAAUACAAUUAUUUUGAGACAGGGAUUACGCUACAAUAGACCCACUUCUUUUAUAAACGAAGAAGCUUCUUAGACUCUUUUUUAUUUGAUAAAAAAAAA